UGGAGUCAGUGCUUGUGCCUGCAGGUUGCUCAGACCUGAAAUCUAAGGGAAAAGCUCAGCGUUUGCGUCGCUGCUCCUGCCGCCGGUGGUGGUAGCGGUGAAGAGGAGAGAGGGUUGUGGUUUUUUUUUGCUCGGUGGCUUUUUUUUUUUGGCCCCCUUGAAUUCAAUGGAUCUGAACUUGGAGCCUUUAGACCUCGGCGGUAUUGGAAUAUCUACACGCUGAUCAUCUUUGUUGUGACACAUCAAGUCGUUUGGGGAAACCAUCCGAAGACAGCAAGAUGUUUCUCGUUCUCUUGUACUUCGCUUUGCCCUUAGUGGAAGUGAGUUCGCUGCCUGGAGGGGACCGCCUGGACUGCGUGAAAGCCAGCGAUCAGUGUCUGAAGGAGCAGAGCUGUAGUACUAAAUUCAGGACACUGAGGCAGUGUGUAGCCGGCAAAGAGAGCAACUUCAGCCGGGCCACGGGCCUGGAGGCGAAGGACGAAUGCAGAAGCGCCAUGGAAGCUCUCAAGCAGAAAUCCCUGUACAACUGCCGCUGCAAGAGGGGCAUGAAGAAGGAGAAGAACUGCCUGCGCAUUUACUGGAGCAUGUACCAGAGCUUGCAGGGGAAUGACUUGCUUGAAGAUUCCCCUUAUGAGCCAGUUAACAGCAGACUAUCAGACAUAUUCAGACUAGCACCAAUUGUAUCAGUGGAGCCAGUACUUUCAAAGGGGAACAAUUGCUUGGAUGCGGCCAAAGCUUGUAACCUAAAUGAUACCUGCAAGAGGUUCAGAUCUGCUUACAUAACCCCCUGCACCAGCAGCACGUCUAAUGAGAUCUGUAACAAGCGGAAGUGUCAUAAGGCCCUCCGGCUAUUUUUUGACAAGGUCCCCCCAAAGCACAGCUACGGGAUGCUCUUCUGCUCCUGUCGAGACGUAGCCUGUACAGAAAGGAGACGGCAGACUAUUGUUCCUGUGUGUUCAUAUGAGGACAGGGAGAAACCAAACUGCCUGAAUUUGCAAGAGUCCUGCAAGAAGAAUUACAUCUGCAGAUCUCGCCUUGCAGAUUUCUUCACAAACUGCCAGCCUGAGUCACGCUCUGUUAGUAGCUGUCUGAAGGAGAACUACGCUGACUGCCUGCUCGCUUACUCUGGGCUCAUUGGCACCGUGAUGACACCCAACUACAUCGACUCCAGCAGCCUCAGCGUGGCCCCGUGGUGCGACUGCAGCAACAGUGGCAACGACAUAGAUGAAUGCCUGAAAUUUCUGAAUUUCUUCCAGGACAACAUAUGCCUUAAAAAUGCAAUUCAGGCCUUCGGAAAUGGCACUGAUGUGAACGUCUGGCAGCCAAUUUUACCAGUACAGACCACUACAGCCACAACUACAACAGCUUCCAGACUUAAAAACACAGGGUCAGAGACCACCAACAACGAAAUACCCUCCCACAAUGAUGCACCAGCAUGUGCAAACCUGCAGGCACAGAAGAAGCGAAAAUCCAACGAAUCUGUAGAUACAGAGCUCUGUCUUAAUGAGAACGCUCUCGGGAAGGACAACACAGCGGGAGUCUCCACCAGUCACAUAUCCGCGGAGAAUUCCCUGGCUCUUCCUACCAGCUUCUAUCUAAGCACACAGCUCACCCUGAUGGCACUUGCACUCUCGCUCUCUUUGUCCCUAAGCUCAUCAGUCGUCUUAUAGGCAUUACAAAAGGACGUGUUAAAAGAAAGAAAAAAAAAAAAAGUAAAAAAAAAAAAAUCUGUUUGCUGUCCUCUGUUGUUUAUCUGGAAUUCCAGGUCUGGGAGCUAAGAUGAGGCACUCCUGCUAGAACAGUCUCAGUCAGCUGGAAUUUUAUUUUAUUUUAUGUUUUUUUUCUCUAAAAAAAGCUUCUUGUGAUAUUUAGAGGCUUUGUGAAAUACUUGGUGCAGUGCUACAUUCCAAACCCAAAAGGCUUUUGGGCAUGCAGUGUUUUAAAGAGACAGUGUGUAAAUUUGCCUGUAAAGCGACCUGGUUGGAUUAUUUUAAUAAUUAUUAUUUUAAUUCUGGCUUUUACCUGAGAAAGAAGAUAAUGGUUUUCUUAAAAUCUUGUUUAUCUCAUUGAAUGAUUUUGGUUUUCAAAUUGAUUGAACUUCAGACUAUCAAGGAUGCCAGGCUUUUGUCUAAUGGUGAAUGUUCUCCCAGAGAGUGGACUUUAUGAAACUUCUUCAUUUGAUAAAUCGCUACUGAUGUUAAACUCUUUCAGUGUGUUAGCAUUUUCCUCUUUAAAUGUUUACGUACUGUAAGUGAUUCUGCGUUCCCUGCUGAGAAGCCAUUAUAAUUCACAUACAGGUAUAAUGUAUGUCUUUCAGUUAAAUUCUCAUCAAAGUAGAGUGUGGCGUAGAACCUUCUAACAGUACAUUUAUCAUUUAAUUAUAAUCAUCUAGCCUUAACAAGAGUGAAGAUUCUUUACAUUAGCAAGAUGCAGCCAUUGUGAAAGCUUGAUAAAGAUACAUUUCUUUAAAUAUGAGGAACAAAUUUUGCUACAGGGUUUCAGCUGUACAGUAUAUGGUCUUCUAUGCUUCCGUUGUGAUAAUAUAGUCAGUUAUUAUACUCUUUGUUUAAUAAAAAAUGACAUACAGUUUAAUUGCUCUGCUAAAACAUCUUCAUCUGUUUAUACAUACCUGAUAAUGUCAGAUCAAAAAGCUACAGGAACUUCAUGCCUUACUUCUCUUAUCAGAACAUUGCAGAGGGACAAGAGGUAGUAGGAUAUCAUUUAAACUGUGUUUUAUUUCUUAGAACUGCUAAAAUCAACACAAAAGGAUGGUUGAUCCAAUUGCAAGGCAGCAUCAUGCAUGUGUACCCAUGUGAUAGGCUUUUCUCACCCUGGUAGUUUCUACCACAGACCUUGGCAUUGCUGACAGGAUGAACUGUCUGCAAGACCAGCUCCAUAAAGUAAUUUAAUGGUUUGGAUGGCAGUGUUACCAGUAUACAUGAUUUAAUCGCUUGGUUCUCCCUCAGUGACAUUGGCAGCCUGUGCUGGCUCAUGAUGAUUUCCUGCAGUAUCUAGAAGGAAUUCUUUAAAGCUUUAAAUGUCAUCAGAUAGGCAGCAUUUCUCCUAAGGGCUGUCUUUAUACCUUACUGUGAUGGCUUGUUGACUGUUACAAGCAGUUACAUCUAAGUGAUCAACAGUAAUCAGUUUUUAUUCCUAUUGGAAGUAGAAGACAACUUCUGCAACCAAGGAGUUCAUCAUGUUGAAUGUAUGGAUUUACUCUGAGACUUACACAAUUAUGCCCUGACCUGCUCUGAAAUGUCCAGAUUGGUUAUUUGCAAUACAACUAUAAAUUACAAAUUACUGUUUUAUAAACUGCACUGAGGUUUGAGUGUGCAAAAUACACAUCUUGCUAAGAGACUAUUAAACCUAUUGACAAGUUCAGCUUUUGAGAUUUUUCUUGGCUAAUAAUAAACAUUUUCAUAAAUUUUGAAAUUCAGUUAUGUACUCUUCAUUAUGGUCACAUAAUAUAGGUUUCAAAGCUAUUUGUAUGUGAUGGAAUUCUACAAUACUCUGUGCCACUGAACAUAACAAAUUAGACAAUAUUACUUUUUAAUUCUGUGUUGAUAAGAAACUGCAAAUUACUUUCAAAGGCAGCAGAGCUGCUUUCAGAGAAGAGAUUUAUAGACCAUCAUUACCAGCAAAGCCCAUGUGGUUCCUGUUGCUCUUCUUGUAGAAGAUAAUACAAUUAUUGAAAACUAGUGGCAACAAAAAAAAAAAAGUUUAUGAGAUUCAUGAUUUUAAAAAUGAAUCAAAUUCUUUUAUGUCAAAAGGAGUUGAUAGUACAACUUAUUGAAAUGCUAAUGAAAAUAGCAUUGUAAUUCAGAAGUCUGACAUUAUCCAAUUAAAAAUAUUUUCAAAACAAAUUCCUAAACAUUAUGAUUAUUAAAUCCAUCUUUGAUCCACAGAUCUUUCUUUAAAAUACCAUUUGUAUUCAGCACAUUAAACAUUUUAGCCAGUAUCGGGAAUUUUAAUAAUCUCCCAGUACAGUAUAUACUUUCUGAAGAUCUUUUUAGUGUUUGCUUUGGUUACAGUAUCAUCUCUCUUAUAUUUAAUAUCAAUUUUAGAGCUUUGACACUGAUCCAGAAUAAAUACUAUUGAUCACUUAUACUGUAAAUAACAACAUUAUUAGCUUCUAAUCACAAAAGAAACUGCUGGUUAUCUGAGUCAAUGACAGUUACCUUUGGAAAUAAAAUUUAUAUGUAGUAGAGGAAAAAAUGGUGUUUUUUACAGAUAGCCGAAAAAAGCUCAACAGAGCACUGAAGUUUUGUCCUGCAAAUUAAAAGUCCUAAUUUAAAAUAUUAAAUUUCUUAUUAAACAAGCAGAAAAGAAAAAAAAAAUACCCUUAGGAGUCUGACACUUUACAUGCAAAUAUUGGAGGAUUUCUUGAAGUUGGAUGUGGUGUGGAUGAUGUCAGUUUAGCGUGGUGACCUUGUCAGUGCAGUCAUUUGCUACAGUACUGAAUUACGCAAAUUGUUUAUUUUUUUCCCCACUUUCAGUCAUUAAAAUAUCAUGUGUUGAGUGCUUAAGGGACAAGCUUAGGCCAGGCUUUAUAUAGCUCUUUAAAAGAUUAAUUUUAUCCAUAUAACAAUAAUAUAGGGACUGUCCAAAUAAAGAUGUACAUGGAGAUGAUCUACUGUUCCUGUUGUAAAUCUCCCCAGCUCAGAUGUGUGUGAAUUAAAUCAUGGGCUACCAUAAACAUAUCCAAAUCAUCUUGUACUGGAACAGACACUGUCAUUAGUAUUAUUAAUAGCUUGUUUAUGCUCCUUUUUAAAAGUAGUGCACACAAAAGUAAAAUUGAGCCUGAACUGGAAUAUAUGGCUGAGGUUUUGCUGUCGCCAGCGUAACUCAAUUCCGCAGGUUACUCCAGUGAAAGAGGCACUGAAGCUGAACCUUGCAGAUAUUUGCAAGAAAUGACAGCAGCUGAGGGUUCCCCCUGUCCCAGUGUGGGUGGUGACACCACCAGCAGGCAGCAGCCCCAGGGAGUGACCAAGCAGGACUUUGGUCAGUGGUGAGGGGUGCAGCCCUUGCUUUGCUGACCAGGCAGCAGGAGCUGUCCGUCUGUCUGUCUGUCCCCACCAGGACACGGGCCACUUGCCAGUAAGCAGCUUCAUUCCCACUGGGUCGGCAGGAAGAACUGGAAUUCUUCAUCAUUUCAAAGCAUGCAUAGACAGACUCUGGUCUGGAGACCUAUUCCCAAGAUUUUUUUCUUUUUUUUUUUUCCCCCCCACUGACAUUACGUCCCUCUAAGACCCAGACUUUUGAAUUUGAAUGCAGUUUGUUGCAGUCAAAUCAGUUGACUGAAAACAUGAAAGUAUCUGCUUUUGCUAAGCCUGUGCAACUAGGAUGGAGAUCAAGAAAACAAAUCAGGAAUCACCUUGAAAUCUCAAUUUAAUUACAAUUUGUGACUGUUGGCUAAUCACUGUGAUAUUUCCAUGGGGUAAAGAUGGUGAGAAACCAGUGAAGUAGAAGAGCAAAACUCAGAACAGUUCCCUCAAGGGACAUAAAUCUUACGUAUGUCAAGUGACAGGAGUAUCUCAUAUUUAGCUUCUAAUAAAAGAGCUGGAUUCUGCUGCAACAGCAGCUCCUUCAGAGCAAGCAGUAAAAGACAGAAGCACAAGCAGUUAUUCAUACAAUUAUAACUUUCUUUCAUAAAAUGCAAUUCUUUGUCUUCAAUACCAAGGUGGCUCUACCUCGCUGAAAAAUAUAUGUUCACUGGCAUUCUUUCUUUCUGCUUUAAACUGUUCUGCAUUCUGCAUGUUCUGCAUUAAAACUGCCUCUGGGGUUGUUUUAUGCCCAUAAGGUUAGAUUGUACCUGAUGUCCCUGACAUCAAAUAAAAAUGUAUUUGGUUCUGAUGAACUUGGCAGAGAAAUUAAUCCAGUGACUUGUUAAAUAUUUCUCAUCUUCAAAUAUUUGCUUUUUCUCAGCAGCCAGUUCCUUUUGUGACAUUUCAAUUAUUGGCUAUUUCAGCUUCUCUUUAACUUCAGAAGGUCAUUUUGUCCGACUCCACAGUACUCAGCUUUAUAGAUUUGCUUCAGUGCUGGUUUUCUGGUUUUCUUUUUUAAUUACAGCCUUCACUUUUGAGAAGAAGAAGAAAAAAAAAAAGAUGUGAUCAGGAAUAUGUCUCCAGUGAACUAAGAACACCUUUAACAGGGAGGAAAUUGAAAGUUCCCAUUUUAUCUCUUUAGCACUGGUUUGAUUUGAAUAAUCUAAAACAUUAUGUUGUUAUUCCCCAGAUGGAAUUUAAAAUUUAGUUUGGUACUGAAUAGGAUUGAAAACUUUCAAACUCUUUCCAAGCUAUUAGAAAUAUUUAAAUACUUCUAAUGUAUUUUCCAGUUGGAAUUUCAGUCAAAUAGAUAAAGUCUCACUAAGCAGUAAAUUCUUACAAGAGUAAGAAUUCUCUUUGGGAAAUUUUGAUGGCUCUGUUCUUAAGGUAAAAUCAGGGAGGAUGGUGAAUUUCCAUUUUUAACUCAGUAUCUCAACUUUCAUACACCCUUGCUUCAUGUUCUCUUCUAUUUCCCUCCAGGCAAUGUUUAUAGAUGCAUAUUAGAUGUGGGCACCUCAAUAGUCAGAAGCCAAUUCCUGCAACUCCUACAAGAUGUUCCAUCUCGUUUUUAUAAUUCGUAAAAGCAUGAGCAAAAAAUUCAAGAUGUGGCUUAAAAAUUACCUGAAUUUUAAAGGAGCACAGUCAACAAAUUUCUCAGUAGUAUUUCUUACCAAUACAGACUGUGAUUUUCUAAAUUGGUACUAAACUACUACUGUGUAGACUAUUCACAAGAGUUCUCUGAACACAUUUAACCAGAAUUAGGUUUCUGUUGUUUUAUCUUACUCAGGUGCCAGUAGCUGAGUGAGUUGACAUGCAUAGAAUUAGAGCUAAUUGUUGCCUGGAUUAAAACACCCAAAUCUUAGCCCCUUUUCACCUGCUUGUAAUGAUUCCAACAUUAUAAUUCUUUUCCACUGGUUUUUAAUUUGUCUAAAGGACAACUUCCUAGAAUCCAGAAGAAAAGGAGUAGAUUUAAGGACAGUUUUCUUCAAAUUCCUCCUUCCAGAAUACCAAAAUAUUUAACUUACAAACCUCUGUACUCCGAAGCCUUUGUGUCUGCUCCAUCACUCGGGCCUGUCCAGCUGGGGUGAAGCUUAUCCCACACUAACAAAGCUGUCAGAGCUACAUGCUGACAAAUAAGUCGUGGCAGUCUCGCUAGCUGCAGCUCUUCAGCUGAGUAUGGAGUUGGCUUUGGCCACUGCACUUGUCCUGAGGUCAAAGCUUAAAUGCUACAAAAGCUAAACCCCACAGAUGUAGUGAACCACAGGGAGAUGUAAACUCCUUCAAGCACAGAAGCCAGCAAAUCAGCUGAAACUCUGGAGUAAUUUUCAAAAUAAGGUUAAAACUAUAUGGUCCUCUCAUGGUUAUGUUUAUGGAACAGGAUAUAUGUGACAGAAGGAAGCUAGGGAAACAGGAGAAAGCCUGAAGAUGCAGAAAUGACUGUUUAGGGAACCACCAUUUAUUUUAGCGGGAGAUACUGCAGAAAGCACACUGCUGAGAGAGAAAUGUGUGUCCCACUGAGGAUAAAAUGGAGAAAUCAUGGGUUUUUUUCUUUGACUUUGUGGAUUAGCCCAUGGAAACUGUUCUCCCUUCUGAGAAGUGAAGCAGUUCUUUUGGGAGUAUGCUAACCUGAAUGCUGGGAGCACAGGAUCUCCCUCUCACAUCCCCAGACCAGGUUAUUAGCAGUGACAUCCUCUGCCUGCUUUGGGGUGAGACAAAGGCUUUAACCUUUAAGUGAAAGGUGAGACAGAAGAAAUGUUUGUAAGGGUUAUUAGAGCAAAGCCUCACAGGGGAUUGUACCUGGCAGUCGGGGGGUGCACAGCCCAGACUGAGCUGAGUCACACAUUGCUUAAAAAGAAAGCUAAGUGGAGGUAAAAAUUGAAAGAAAAAUGUGGUCUUGAUUUUUAUAUUGCUGCUUUUCUGGGAAGUGAUGCAUAAAAUCAACCUCUUACCUCUUCCCAGUACCCUACAUUGUUUCUGGGUAAGAGCAAAAAAUAAAUCCCGAAUGCAGUCAGUGGGAGAAACUGCUUCAAAGCACUCCAACAUGUGGGAAACUUAACUGGUGUCAGUUACUAAUCUCCAUAUUCUCCCCCUCCUCCAGAAUUAGUGUUUGCUUUGACAUGGUUUGUGUGAUUUGUGCAGCAUUACCUAGUACUGAAAUGAUCAGCUGUGAUGAGUACUGCUCAGGCUGGGAAGGUGCAUGUGUCUAUCACCUGAGGGCAUGUAGAAUUUUUCACUUCUUGUGUAAACUACAAGUUGACAAGAGCUGCAGCAAAAAGGAAAUAGCAGGAGAAGGCUCACAUAAACGUAAUUUUUCUUACAUCAUGAUGAUAAAUCAAUUAAUUGAGGGUAAGCAGAAGUGGUGAAGAUAAAGGUAACAGUUAGCAAUCAGACCCAGGAAGACUGGCAUUCACUGUGAUCUGAGGAUAUCCAGUGUUAGUACUUUCCUGCACUUUUUUUCACCUAUUUUUUUUCUAUUUGUCUUUUCCCAAAACUGUCUGGAACACACUUCCAUUUUCUGGAGGAAAUUCUUACACAAACAGUUACCUUCCUGUGUGAAUUCUGUGUCGUCUCACGGAUUUCUGUACAUCUCACUGCAGGUUAUUACAUGUCAGGUCUUCAGUCAUAAUGGCUGGUAAUUUGUUGUAAAAAAAACCCCCAAAACCAAUGUUCACUUGUUCCUGUUGACUUACUUGCUCUGAGGACAUUGCUCUGAGGACUGUCCACACUUUGGAAGUCAAUCCACGAUGUUUGGCAUUUUCUGUUAGCAUAAUCCUCCUGCAUCGGUAUUGUACAUAUCCACAAAACAAUCCCUCUCAAUAAACAUUAUUCUCUUUUUUUAUUAAAAAGCAUGUUUUUGUGAGAACAAUUUCCUGGUUGUUUUUCUUCCGUUCCGAUUUAGUAUUAAAAAAAAAAAAA